AUGGCUCCGAAACCGCGAGCGAAGUGCCAGAUCUGCGAAGAAAACGAGUCCAAGUACACCUGUUCGACGUGCAAAGUAGUAUACUGCUCGGUAUCAUGCUUCAGAAAACACAAAGGUAACCUCGCUGACGAGGCCCAACCACCAUCAUCCACCAUCGACCAAGAUCCCUCCCUACCCACCCCAUCCGCCGCUCCCCUCCGCCUACUCACCUCCCUACGCUGGCCCUACGUCGAAGAGCCCUCGGCCUACCCCGACCCACUAAAACGAGACGACCCUAAACCACUGGCCCUGGGGUCAUACGAGUCGCUCGCGACCUCCCAAGCCGUACGCGAAGCCCUCGCGGACCCCGAUCUGCGCCGCCAGCUGGUGGAGAUCGACGCGCUGAGGGGCGAGGAGCGCGAGCGGGCGCUGCAGAGGGCGUUGAACGUCGAUGGGAGGGGUGCUGGUGCGUAUGGAAGGAGAGGGGAUGGCGUGGGAGGGAGAGAGAGGGAUGAGGGGACGGAGGUGUUUAGGAAGUUUGCUGAGGCGGUUGAGGGUGCUGUGAGAGAGAAGGAGGCGUUGGGGUUGGACUGGGACGCAUAA